AUGGCCCAAUUGGGAUACGAACAGUCGUUCACGUUAAUCGAUACCAAGCUUGCCUUGGGAUACCUGACGGUGGCCAUUGCAGGGCUCUUGUUCUAUAUGGACAAGAAACUCGCCUUUAAAGACACGUAUUACUAUGUGAUUGCGUGUGUGGCGUUGUAUGGCAUCAUCUCGGCCAUCUUGUACUACUUCACUGCUGGCCCCGAGAAGAACAACAAGUAUGUUGGAUACACUGACGACAAGAAGAAGAUUUCUGUGUACACUUGGACUUCCAAGUAUGAUCCCAUUUACCAUGUGAAGAUUCUUUCGAAUGAUAAUGUGGAUAGUGCUACAUUGGUGGAUAUUCCAUUCACCAAGUUUUAUGAUGCGUUUGGCUUCAUUAACCAGGAGGUGUUUACAAAGUUGGUGAAGGAGGCAUUAGAGAAAAAGAGUGAAUAG